AUGGCGAUGACUAAGAAAAUCUUUGGUGCAUUCUCUAUGGAAGAGUUUAAUGCAAAUCCCUUUUCUAGAGCUCUUCACCUAAGUCGGUAUGUUCAGCAAACAAAGUUUCCAACUACUCGUAAGAAAAUACUGCAACUGAGGAAGGGCGUGAGAGCACCUGCCGUGGCUCUCAAUGUAAACGAGCCAGUGAAAGCUGCUGCUGAGAAACUUGUGGCACUGAACGUCACAGCUUUAGUGACUUUGAGGAACGAUGAGAUGGGAAAAGCUGAGCAAAUAAUACCUCUAUUGUUUGAUGCUUUCAAACCUACCAAGAGGUUUACUGUUCUUCAGCUUGUUAGCACUAAAAUUGAUCCAAGGACAAUGGAGCCAAAGAUGAGCAAGGAAGCUACAUUAGACUGGUCCAAGAAGAAGCCAACAAUUGGUGCUGAGAGGAACACUUACAAAGUUGAAUUUAUAGUGGAUUCAGAUUUUGGAGUCCCAGGAGCCAUUACAGUGAGUAACAAAUAUCGAAGGGAGUUCUUCUUGGAAAGCAUCACUAUUGAGGGGGUUGUUCAAUUUGUAUGCAACUCUUGGAUACAGGCUGAGAUGGUCAAUGCAAAGAAAAGAAUAUUCUUCUCAAAUAAGGCAUAUCUACCCUGUGAAACCCCAAUAGGACUCAAGGAGCUAAGAGAUGAAGAAUUAAGGGAACUCAGAGGUGAUGGAAAAGGACAUAGGAUACCAUCUGAUAGAAUAUACGACUAUGAUGUGUACAAUGACUUAGGAGACCCAGAAAAUGGAAUUGAAUACGCGAGGCCAACACUUGGAGGUGAAGGGAACCCUCAUCCAAGACGUUGUCGAACUGGGCGCCCUCCUUCUAGUAUAGAUAUGGACGUGGAGUCACGGUCGCAUUCCUUCAUGCCAAUAUAUGUGCCAAGAGAUGAAGCACUAGAGAAGGGCAAAAGUGAUGCUUUCAAUCUAGGGAAGUUAAAGGGAAUACUCCGUAAUAUAAUCCCUUCCUUAACUGUUACAGAUUCUAAUGUUUUUAAAGGUUUUUCUGACCUUGAUAGCCUCUACAAUGAGAGAACUCUUCUCGGAAUGAAGUCUCCAGAUGGGAUUCAUAUGAAGUAUUCAUUACCUAAGAUGAUACACAAGGUGCAGGAGUCUGUAGAAGAAAUCUUCAAGUUUGACCCUCCAAAGAUAAUCUCUAGAGAUACAUCAUGCUGGUUACGAGAUGAUCAAUUUAGCCGUCAAGCACUUGCAGGCAUAAACCCUUUAAGCAUAGAAAGGAUUAAGGAGUUUCCACCUGUAAGCAAAUUGGAUCUCUCUAUCUACGGCCCACAAGAAUCAGCACUCAAAGAAGAACAUAUUAAAGGCCACCUAGAUGGGAUGUCUGUGCAACAAGCAAUAGAAGAGAAUAAGUUGUUCAUACUAGACUAUCAUGACAUAUACCUCCCAUUUCUCAACCAAAUAAAUAGUCUUGAAGACCGAAAAGCCUAUGCAACUCGAACAAUCUUCUUGUUGACCCCAAUGGAAACAUUGAAGCCCAUUGCUAUUGAGCUCAGUCUUCCACCAGUGGAUCCAAAUUCCCCUUCAAAUCAAGUUCUCACCCCACCUAUUGAUGCUACCACAAACUGGCUUUGGCAGCUUGGUAAAGCCCAUGUUUGCUCCAACGACUCUGGCGUUCACCAACUUGUUCAUCAUUGGUUGCGCACCCAUGCAUGCAUGGAACCGUUUAUAAUAGCUGCUCACCGGCAAUUGAGUGCAAUGCACCCCAUAUACAAAUUCUUGGAUCCUCACAUGCGAUACACAUUGAAGAUAAAUGCAUUGGCCCGUGAAACUCUCAUCAAUGCUGGAGGGAUCAUUGAGACUGAAUUCACACCCGGCAAAUACUGCAUGCAGAUGUGUUGUGCUGCCUACAGGGAUUGGUGGCGGUUUGACCUAGAGGGCCUUCCCGCAGAUCUCAUUAGAAGAGGAGUAGCAAUACCAGACCCAACUCAAGCUCAUGGGAUAAGACUACUAAUUGAAGACUAUCCUUAUGCAACCGAUGGACUCCUCAUAUGGUCUGCCAUUCAGAAAUUGGUUCAGAGUUAUGUGAACUACUACUACCAAGACGCAAGUGCAGUCUGUUCUGAUACAGAACUCCAAGCUUGGUAUGAUGAGUCCAUCAAUGUAGGCCAUGCUGAUCUGAGACAUGCUAGUUGGUGGCCCAAACUCUCUUCUCCUGAUGAUCUUAUCUCCAUACUCACCACCAUAAUCUGGCUUGCAUCAGCUCAACAUGCCGCAUUGAACUUCGGACAGUACCCUUAUGGUGGUCAUGUGCCAACCCGGCCACCACUUAUGCGACAACUAAUACCAAAGGAAAAUGAUCCUGGGUACAUGAAUUUUAUCAAGGAUCCACAGGGAUACUUUUUAUCAUCACUGCCAAGUUGGAGUCAAAUAACAAAAUAUAUGGCUGUGAUUGAUAUAAUUUCCUCACACUCGCCUGACGAAGAAUACCUUGGAGUGAGAAAAGAUUUGUCAACCUGGUCGGGAGACCCUAAGAUCCUCGAGGCAUUCUACAGUUUUUCAAUGGAGAUAAAAAGCAUUGAAAAGGAGAUUGAGAAGAGAAACUCGGAUAUAAGCCUUAGGAACAGAUGUGGGGUAGGGAUUUCACCAUAUGAGCUACUCAUUCCAAGCUCAGGACCUGGGGUUACCUGUAGAGGAGUGCCCAAUAGUAUAACAGUGUGA